CUGCAUGAGGAAAAUGGUUGCUUUGAUCACAGGAUUUAAAUCUGUUAUUGCCCGGGCUGUGUUUUUCCUGCUUUUGUGGACCUUUUCUGAAGGGGGAAAGCUCUUGGUUGUUCCUAUCGAUGGCAGUCACUGGCUCAGCAUGCGCCCGGUCGUGGAGCGGCUCACGCAGAGAGGACAUGAACUGGUGGUUCUUGCGCCAGAGAUAAGUUUGCGAAUAACUUCUUCGGCCCUUUACACCACAAAAACAUACUCCGUGUCCUACAGCAGGGACUAUGUGGAGGCAGAAUUUAAAAAGAUGGGCUAUAAGGUUUUCACACCUCAAGCCUUCUUGGAAAAAUUGCCCAGAAUGACAAAUAUUACAGCAAUGUUUUAUGAUUCUUGCAAACGCCUUCUGGCUGACAAACAGCUGAUCAAGUACCUUGAAGAAAGCAAAUUCGAUGCCGUCUUUAUGGAUCCUUUUUUCCCGUGUGGCCAGAUAGUGGCCGAAUAUCUCUCCGUACCUUCUGUGUACCUCCUGCGGGGACUUCCAUGCAGCUUAGACUUCCAUGCUACGCUCUGUCCAAAUCCUCCUUCUUACGUUCCCCAGUUCUUCACCCGCUACACAGAUCUCAUGACGUUUCCCCAGCGCGUGCACAACUUGGUAUUUAGCUUGAGCAGCUCUCUGGUUUGCUUUCUUCUUUACUCACCAUACGAUCGUUUGAUCAAAGAGUUCCUCCAACGAGAGGUAACAUUGCUUGAGCUUUUAAGCCAUGCAGCCAUUUGGCUCAUGAAAUUUGAUUUUGUGUUCGAGUACCCCAGGCCUGUAAUGCCCAACAUGGUUUUUAUUGGAGGCAUAAGCUGCACUCAGGAAAGAGCAUUGUCACAGGAAUUCGAAGCCAUCGUGAACGCCUCUGGAGAGCAUGGCAUUGUGGUCUUCUCUCUGGGCUCCAUGGUCUCCGAGAUCCCAGUGCAGAGAGCCAUAGAAAUCACAAAAGCCUUGGGGACAGUCCCUCAGACGGUCCUCUGGCGAUACACAGGAGAGGUGCCCCCCAACCUGCCAAAGAACGUAAAACUAGUCAAAUGGCUGCCACAGAAUGAUCUUCUAGCUCACCCCAAGACUCGUGCCUUCAUUACCCAUGGAGGCUCACACGGCAUUUACGAGGGCAUAUGCAAUGCAGUGCCAAUGGUACUGAUGCCUUUAUUUGGAGACCAGAUGGACAACGCCAAAAGAAUUGAGUCACGGGGAGCAGGAGUGACAUUGAAUAUACUUGAAAUGACUUCGAAGGACAUCUCCGAUGCCCUGCAUGCAGUCAUUAAUGAUAAAAAGUACAAAGAGAACAUCAAGCGUCUCUCAGACCUUCACCUCGACAGACCCAUGCACCCUCUGGAUCUGGCCGUGUACUGGGUGGAGUUUGUGAUGAGGCACAAAGGGGCGCCGCAUUUGAGACCUGCAGCUCACGAGCUCAACUGGAUCCAGUAUCAUUCCCUGGAUGUCAUUGCCUUCCUCCUGGGCGUGGUGCUUCUCUCCCUGUUCAUUUCUUUCAAGUGCUGCGUCUACUGCUUCCGGAGGUGCUUCCCUAAGAAAGGAAAGACCAGCAGACCAACCAAAUCCAAAACCCACUAGCAGGUGAAACUAGUGAUAGG